AAGCCGUGGUGAUCAAGAAUCGAAUUAAACUUAUUUCUUCUCAAUCCGUGGUGCUGAAGAAUCUCGGAGAGAUAGAGACUUGGGAGCUUCGAAAAUGGGUGGGGUAUGGAGAGGCGUCUCUGGCGAAUUGGAUUCACCCGCCGGCGACGGUGUUACGUCUAAUAAUCCCAGCACUUGGUCUUCCGGCGAUCGAUGUUCGACUAGAAAAGUGGUGAAGUCGCAGUGCAAGACGGAGGAGGUCGAGCCCGGGAAAUUCGUCAGGAAGUGCGAGAGAACCGAGGAGAUUCUCAGAGACUGCAUCGGAAGGCCGGUCGAAGUGAUACAAUCCAAUAGGGAAUUUACAGAAGAGGAUGUAACGAAUGAGGUGGUUAAUAAUAGGUCAUUCUCGUCAGGAUCAUCAGAAUAUCAACCAUUUAAUUUCCCUGGACUUCGUAGCGAUAUUGAAGCCAUUGAACACAGCCUCUUUGGUAGCAUGAAGGGGUUCUUUGAUGCAGCUGAAGAGAUUAGGAAUGGUUUCUUUGGUUCUUUCAGAGAUCCACCCGUAUUCAACAGAGAGCCUUCUUCCUCCCCAUCGAUGAGACAAAACGAGCCCGACUCUGGUCACGUUGACCUAUCUGGAUUGGCCAGGGAUGUCUGAUUACCCAGAAUGAACCCGAUCGUCCUUUUUUUUUUAACAGAUGUUAGAUACAAGGACAGUAUAUCAUCAUUAUCGUGGUGGAUGACAAUUGAUAAUCAGUUGAAUAAAUGUUUUUCCAGUCUAAGCAUUGUUAUCCAAUAUGUGCUCAUAGAUAUUGACAUAUUGGUUGAUUAUGUGUGGAAUCUGACUUUUGAGUAGUUCAAAAUGGUUGGUUUUGAAAAACCAACCAAGGUUUUAGUUGUAAAAAGCUCUACUUUUGUAAUACAUGAACUUAAUAGGAAGAAUAUUUUACGUUCA